GUGAGUAAUUCUGUCACAGAAGAGCUGGUCCCCUUCUACUGUGCUGCCAGUUUAUGUCUACAGGACCUUAGCAUCUGGAGCCAGGAUACUUCGCAAUUGUCUCCCUUGCAGGGAACUUGAGAUCACCUGUCAUUUUGGAACCUUUGCUGCUACCUGCCAGGUGGCCCUCACUUCUGUGGAAAAGUGAUGGAUUUCUCAGUCUUCCUGAACUCCUACCAGCGAGGAUGUCUGCCUAGCAGUCUCUUCUUCCUCACUCACCUGCUCCUCCUCCUCCAGCCCAGGGUGCUGUGCUCAGAGGAGAUCAGGGUGGUAGGCCAUGAGGAGCCCAUUCUGGCACACGUCGGCGAUGAAGCGGAAUUCUCCUGCCACCUGUCGCCAUACCGGGACGCCGAGCACAUGGAGAUCCUCUGGUUCCGGAGCCAGGCCUCGAACGUGGUGCACCUGUACCAGGAGCAGCAACAGUUCCACGGCUGGCAGAUGAAGCAGUUCCAGAACAGGACCCAGCUCAUCACGGACGAUAUCGCAGACGGCAGCGUGACUCUGCGGCUCCACCGCGUAGUCCCCGCUGACCAGGGUCUGUAUGGGUGCCGCUUCCUCUCCAGGAACUUCACUGGGGAAGCGACCUGGGAGCUGGAGGUAGCAGAUGUGUUUUUACCUGGAACCUCUCCCUGGAAGAGAGCUUUCCUUGGGACUCUGGUGGGCCUGCCGCUCCUUCUGGCUCUCCUCAUGAUGCUGGUGCUGUACUUCUUUCGGAAGCAACGGAAGUCCCAAGAAAAGCUGAAGAAGCAGGCAGAGAAAGACAAAGGGAAACUCACAGCGGAGCUGGGGAAGCUUCAAGUAGAGCUGGACUGGAGAAGGGCUGAAGGCCAGGCUGAGUGGAGAGCAGCUCAACGACAUGCAGUGGAUGUGACCCUGGAUCCUGGCUCCGCCCACCCCAGCCUGGAGGUCUCCGAGGAUGGCAAAAGCGUGUUCUCACGCAGGACUGCGCCGGGGUCAGAGAACCCUCAGUGGUUCUCUGAGCAGACGUGCGUCCUGAGCCGAGAGCGCUUCUCCACUGGCCGCCACUACUGGGAGGUGCACGUGGGCCGCCGCAGCCGCUGGUUUCUCGGUGUGUGUUUGGCAGCGGUGCCGAGUGCACGGCAUGCUCGCAUGAGCCCGGCGACUGGCUACUGGGUGAUGGGGCUGUGGAACAGCUGUGAGUACUUCGUCCUAGACCAGCACCGCGUCCCGCUCAGCGUGCGCGUGCCGCCCCGCUGCGUGGGCAUCUUUCUGGAUGUUGAGGCUGGAAAGCUGUCCUUCUUCAACGUAUCCGACGGCUCCCACAUUUUCACCUUCACCGACACCUUCUCGGGGAUGCUCUGCGCAUAUUUCAGGCCUAGAGCCCACGAUGGCAGCGAACACCCAGAUCCGCUCACCAUCUGCCCAUUACCAGUUGGUGAGAAACGCGUCCUCGAAGAGGAGGACAGUGACGCCUGGUUACAACCCAAUGAGUCCUCGAACCCUGCCCUGGGCCUGUGGUGAAGUGCUUUCGUGGCCACUGGACUGGGUCCUGGGCAGCUUCCUGGAUACCCAGCUGGCGCUAUGCUCUUCUGCUUCCUGUAAAGCCAACAGAUAGGCUAACCUCACUGUCUGCCCGAGAAUGUCGGCAAAGGCUAAAAGGCUCAGCAGAAAGGGGGCAAAGAGAGACCUUUGCCUAUGUAGAUGUGAAUGUGUACAUGUAUGAAUACGAUUUUUUCUUUCUUUUCUUUUUCUUUUUUUAAAGAAAGACAAUUCCAAAGCUUAUCUGUGUAUGUUGUAGGAUUGAGCUGGUGAGUAAACAUAUAUUCAUGUUGCUAGGAGUCACAGUGUUCACUGUGAAGACAUGAAAGAAACUGGAAUGGGGAAAAAAAGAGGAGAAAAUUCAUCAGAUAAGAUUGGAGUAUCAGUUAAUUUCUGUAUUUUAAUAUUUUUGUAUGUAUUUUCUAGCUCUACAAAGGUCUGGAAACAAUGACACUUCAUAAGCAACAAGUUCACCUAAGGCUCAGAUGCUAGUUUCCCCUGCCAAUUAGCGCCAAAAUGAACUUGGAGAAGCGGUGAGAGUAGAGAACAUCUUUUGCUUUUAUGUUCAAGAAUGCUCAAAGACGGAUGGGAACAUAGCAAAAAGCCAUUGGAACUAGAUGAAAGGGGCUCCAUUGACCAAUUAUAGGACAAUUUGGACAUUAAAAUGAAUAAUGACAAGAAUUGCCCAAGAAGAGGUCAAUUCACUGUGUGCUGAGAGGUUUCUUUAGCCAGAGACAAGAGAUACAAAAAGAAAAAAAAGCCCACAAAACAAACAACAAAAUAUAAAAACAUAAAACAAGACAUAGGGAAAGGAGAGAAUGAAAGAAUAAUUGUGAACUCGAGGUUUUUACUAUGAAAUAGAUGCAUAUUGUUGUUAAAUAGACAGAUGUGAUAUAGUUCCUAGCUCUGUCUACACUGAGGGCUUAGAAACAACAAUACCCCUGUACCAAUGAGCAUGUCUAGCACUGAGAUCUUAGUUUUUAGUUACUAUUUACUACCGAAAGGAACCGAGGCUCCUUGGAGAAAUGGUGCACUUCAGGGCUGGCGCAGGGAAAAUACAUGGUGAGAUUCUGAUCUAUACUAGGAAAUUUAUUUGGUUUUUGACAUAGAUUUUAGAACAGAGCUCUUAAACCCUUGAAAUUUUCUAAAAUAUAAGAGUUGUAAGGAUGUCUUUGGAUAUUCAUAACAAGCCCUUUUAACCACACCUGAAUUUAUAUUACUGAGACAAUUUUUAGAAAGCCAGUAAGGAUGAGGCUGGUUGCCAUGGGAACCAACUGUGUGACCAGCGGGUUGUAACUUAGCCCUACCCUACCCACCUACCUCAAAGAGGGAAAGGGGGCUGGAGAUUGAGUUCAACCACCAAGCGCCAAUGAUUUAACCAGUCAUGCCUAUGUGAUGAAAACUUUCCAUAAAACCCCAAAAGGACUCGGUUCAGAGAGCUUUCAGGCUGGUGAACGCUGGAGAUGCCGGGAGAGCGGUGCUCAGAGAGAUAAAGGAAGAAGCUCUGUACCCCUCCCACAUACCUUCUUC